UUUCCCCCAUGACCACUUGAAGAUCAGGAACAGAGUAAGAGUUUAGGUAUUAGGUUUAAAAAAAUACUCUUUAUCCACGGGGAAUACCGUAUACUUUAAUGUCAAAUGAAUGAGUCAGAUGUGGAUGAAACAACGAGACUAAUGACUAACGAUUCGCCACAGAGGUCGCCGAGAGGGACCCCAACAAGCAACCGUCGUUCUACUUCGAAUCAGAAUGACAAUGGUGAUGAUGAUGAUAUGAAUACUGAUAGAGAACUUGGUCAACCAACAAUCACUAGGCGACGUCUUAGUAGUGAUAGACAGCAGGGACUUCAAGAUGAUCAUGAAGAUGAAGAUGAAGAGGAGAUGCUUAAAUAUGGAGCACGUAGUGUGCUUAUGCUUAUCAUCCCUGUAUCUACGUGUAUGUUAGUUGUCGUUGCCACUAUUUCAUCAGUCACAUAUUACACAGAAAACAACGGCACUUAUCUAGUUUACACACCAUUUCAUGAAGAAAAAGGCAUCAGUAAUGCCCGCAAGGCAGGAGAAGCUAUUGCGAAUGCAUUUAUAGUCAUUGGAGUGGUGCUAGUAUUGACCAUCAUAUUAGUAGUGUUAUACAAGUUUAGGUGCUAUUGUAUCAUAUCUGGUUGGUUGGUAGUUUCAUCAUUGUUACUUCUGUUCUUUUUUGGAUACAUUUACUUCCAAGAAUUACUGAAAGUCUACAAUGUUCCAAUGGAUUAUUUUACACUCUCUAUAAUCCUCUGGAACUUUGGAGUGGUAGGAAUGAUAUGUAUCCAUUGGAAAGGACCUUUGCUGUUGCAGCAAGCAUAUCUUAUUCUUGUCAGUGCUUUGAUGGCACUGGUUUUUAUCAAAUAUUUGCCAGACUGGACAACAUGGGCAAUCUUAGCUGCCAUCUCCUUAUACGAUUUGUUUGCAGUUUUGUGUCCAAAAGGCCCCUUGAAGAUCCUGGUCCAAACUGCGCAAGAAAGAGAUGAACCCCUUUUCCCAUCUCUUAUUUAUUCCUCAACCAUGAUGUGGACRGUAGGAAUGGCUGAUCCAAGGCCAGACAAUCCUCCAUCAAGUCAGGAUAAUGAAGCUGAAAGACAGGAUCAGCUGAAUGUUUCUGCUGAUCAUGACGGACCAUCGAGUGAAGAGGCACGUAGUGCUGUUCAGAAUCUUGGAGAUCCUAUUGAUCCUGCACCACAAAAUAAUGAUGAUGAAGAAGAAGAAGAAAAGGGAGUCAAGCUUGGUCUUGGUGACUUCAUAUUUUACAGCGUGCUGGUUGGUAAGGCAUCAUCUUACAAGGACUGGAACACCACGAUAGCCUGUUUUGUAGCUAUCCUCAUCGGUCUGUGUCUUACUUUGCUACUCUUAGCUAUCUACAGAAAGGCCCUUCCUGCUCUUCCUAUUUCCAUCACAUUUGGUCUCAUAUUCAACUUUGCCACCAAAGAGCUUGUCAAACCAUACAUGGAUAGCUUGUCAAGCAAGCAAGCAUUUAUAUGACCUGCUAUCAAAUGUUUUGCCAUGGUACGUUGUAUCAUUUGGCUUACAAGCUUCAUGGGGAACAUUGUAAAUAAGGUCAAUUCUAAAUCGUAUUUGCUGCUCAUAUUUUAACUUUAUAAAUAAACUAGAGAUUAGGACCAUCUAAUGAAAAAUGUAUUUGUUCCAGUAGCCAAUCAUUGAUUGUCUGAGAACCACCAAUGUCUAUGAAAGAAGUUAAAGCAUCAUAUCCCAUAAUACUACUCCUUUAAUCUGGGGAUUUAAUGGGGGUGGGGGUGGGGGGAAAUGGGACGACAAUUUAUGGAAAAUGGGUAACUGUACUAUAAAUAGUUAUGAGGCCCUAUUAGAGGGUAGCCAUGUCCUCCAACUGAAUUUUACAUUUGCCUAUGUUGAAUUUUUUAGAAUGUUCUUGUUUAACUUGUUGGAAUUUCACCCCUAACAAUAACGUGCUGUCCAUAAUUCAUUAGAACAGUCUGUUGCAAGGUUGCUUGUCUCAAUCUACCCUAACAGGGCCUCUAUGAUAGGGAUAAGGGAUUCAUUCUUCACAUUCCCCAUUUUAUUUCUUUUUUCCAAAUGAAAUACCAAAAUCUUUCAAUCAAAAGGAUAAUAUAUUUCUUUUUCAAUAAGAGAAGAGUGCUUUUUGAUAGGAGCUAAAGUUAUAUUCGAUACUGUAAUUAUUUAAUGAACUGUUCAUGAAACAGCAUUACCUAUCAUAAUCAUAUGUACUACGAAAAUCCCCCAACUGUGAAAUAGGCCUAAAUUUUCUUAUGACAGCCAUGCUCACUUUUGAUUUUGCAAGGCAGUCAUAUAGAGGUGGGUGUGGCUGUCAAAAAUGUCGAGCCUAUUCCACAGUUUUGUGGUUUUCUUAGUACUAGAGUGCAAACACUUMAUCUAUGAAACAGCAGUAACCAUAUAAAUUAUAUGUUGUACAAUUUGGUGCAAAAUCAAUUUGAUACAGUCUGUUUGCAGAUUAUAGGUGAGCAGUAUUAUUUAGUACAAAUAAAUACUAGUUAUAUACCUUAGUACUUUUUCACAGAUAUAGUGUUUUCACUCUAGAAUGUCAUACAUGUAAAAUGUGUGCACGUCUCUGUACUGUGACAUAGACACACUGGGAGCUGUAGAGCAAAAGAAAUAAGCAAGCGUUUCUCUUGAUUUUCAAGUGUUGUACAGUUCCCAGAAUGUGAGGCAUUUUGAAACACAUUUGCUCGCGUCUCUGUCCUCUGAUAUAAACAUGGUAGUGCGCAAUCAGUGCAUGAGUUAUAUUUCUAUUUUUUUUAUCUAUUCUUCAGAGUGAUUUUACUUGGCCAUUAAAAGUUGGUAAGUAAAAUACAUAGUUUUAGUAGUAGACACUUAGACUGUUACUUACUGAAUGUAAGAGUUUGUUUCUAGGGCCAAGUAAAAUCACUCUACUACCUUAUUAUGUUUCCCUAUUGGAAUAUCGAGUAUUAGCUUCAAACUUGGUCAAAAAUGUUGAGAAGGUAUUAAUGGUAUUUUCAUUAAAAACAUYGAAAAAUUCUCCUCGAACUGACCCCCUCCCCCCCCCCAAAACAAUGUUGUUUCGAGGGAUACAGGGCUGCUUUACCUACUGGGACCAACAUUGUCCUGGGGGAGAGGGGGUAUGGACAAUAAAUUGUUUUAAUAAGGAAACUUCUACUCUUUCAUGGUUGGAUGAAAAAUUCUCAACUCUUUUUGACCAAGAUUGUUGUUACAAAACAAAUCUUUUGUAUUCAUAAUAUGUGAUAGUUGCCUGGUGCAUUUCUAUAAACAAAAUAUAAAUGGUAGAACUAAAAUAAGUUUAAUAGAGCUAGUUUCAAGUUGCUUAUGUUUAUUCAAACUGGCAAAAUGGAAAUUAAAAUGUAAUCCAAAUUGUAUCCUGCAUUUUUAAUGAGCAGAAAGCUCCAAGUUUAUUCUACUAUGAAGAACUAAAUAGGCCUUUGCAAAUAGUCCCUUUCAUAGUUCCCUGCACCAUCUUGAAAAGUAGCAGUUCCAUUGGAUCGAAGAGAGAUGAACGGUGAGCUUGCCAUGAUAGAGAGGUGAAUAAUUGUGAGAGGUGUUUAACCAGGGGUCUAUCAUUUCAAGCUCGCCUUUCGUCUUGCUUCGAUGCAAAGGCAUGGCUACUUUUCAAGAUGGCGCAGGGAACUAUGAAAGGGACUAUUCAUUUCCUUGAGUGACCAGUAACAAUGGCCCCAAGUUAAGGUUAGACUUGAUGUUUUCAUACAUUUACUGUAUUUUAUCAAGACCAACUUUGACUUGGAGGCAUUGUCUUGAGGUUACUCAAGCAAAUUUGGGAAAGGCCUAUUUGGACGCAGAAGAAUGAUGUUACACUUUAAACAAAUAUUUUAUUUAAUUAGGCGAAGAUGCUGUAUGUCAUGUUAAUGCUAGUGUAAUAUUGUUAGAUCUUUGUUAUUUUGAAAAUAAAAUCACUCAAAGCUU